AUGUGGUGACCGCCAUUGAAGAAUCAAAAGACUUGGAAGGCAUGACUGUUGAGGAGUUAAGUGGUUCACUUGAAGCAUAUGAGGAGAAGCUCAAUAGAAGAAAGAAAGAGCUCGGGGAGCAGGUUCUACAGUCAAACUUUCUUUGGGUGAUAAAGAACAAAAAGGAGGUGCAAGUUAAGGAGGACGAGGUUGAGGUUGUGGACACGGUCGUGGUCAAGGACUUGGAAGAGGAGGAAGAAGUGCCCAAAACACUGAUCAAAGCAAAGAUGAAAAUUCUCAGUUCACCUCUUUGAGAGGCCGUGGUAGAGAAGGAUCAAGGCCAUAUCAAAAGAGCCAUGACAAAUCCCAAAUUCAGUGCUACACUUGUAAAAAAUUUGGGCAUUAUUCAUGGGAAUGCAGAUUUGGCAACAAUGUGAAAGCCAAUUUCUCUUAAGACGAAGAUAAAGAAGUUAAUGAAGAGGUGGAGACAACUCUCUUGUUGGCCUGCAAAGAGAUGAAGAAUGAAGACAAGCACUCUUG